AGGUGAAUAGUGAUGAGAGGAACAAUUUUGGAUACUUCCAGAAAAUACCAAACAUUUUAUCCUGAUCAUAAAUGUUUGACAGAAUUAGUAAAUACCAAUGAAAAAUACCUGGAAUACCACAGACAAAGGAUAACACUUUAAAGGAAUAAGAACAAUAUGAUUACAACUGCGGUGACAUUUGAUACUUCUGAAAAAUACCAAGAUACUCAUCCAGGUUAUGCAAGAUUGACUGAAUUUGUAAAUAUCACAUCUUCAAAAGUGGACAUUUUCAAUAGAUACAAACAUGAAGAACUAGAAAAUCAUACAAGAUAUAUUACAGACUUUGCUGAAUCAAUAUGUACGGGAUUUGGAGAAUAUAAUGAACAAUUCAAGACUAAGGGCCUUAUCCCUCGAGGCAGUUACUUUGAGAAAACAAAGAUUGUCAGUCCUAAAGAAUAUGAUUUUCUUCCCGUGUUAGCUCUGUCUGAUGACGCUUCAGUUGAGGUGUGUGAUGUUCCAGAAGACAAUGCAUUGGCAGGGAAAGGAUAUGGAAUGGUUAAGAUUCACCCUGGAUCAUUACAGAAUCGUCUUUACAGUGAUUCAAUCAAAUAUUGUUCCUCUGUCCCGGAUUCUUCUUUAUUUAUGUUUGUUAUAGACCACCUUCCUCAUCCUGAACAUUCUACAAAUGGCUCUCUUGGUAAAGUCUGCUGCUUAUCAACAUGCAUAGCAAAUCAUUUACAUGACGAUAUAAACUCAUACUUAAAGACCACGUAUGGUUCGAUGUACUUGGGCAAGAAAAACCAUAAAGAAGAGAAGAAUCCUUGCUACACACUUGGAUCAUUUAGUUUACAUGUUGAUCUACAUGGUCCUAGUGUCUGGCUUCAGCUGGGUGGACCAUUAGGCACCACAGACAUAGAUCUCUGUUUCUGUAUUGCAAAUGAACCUGGAUGUGUUAUGGUUCCUACAUUUCUUCAAGAUGAUAUGUACUGGGCUAAAUCAAUAGUGCAGACUCAAUACCCAGCAACUAACCAUAAUUUAUACACAUAUGUACCGACUGAAAAUCAUAGACAACUUUUUCUCCUUAUGAAAUACAUAUCCCACAUGUGUGACAAGAUACAGUGGCAUCUUUACCAUAAACACCCACAUCUCAUCUCGUCCUACUCUUAUAAGCUCAUGGUGAUGAAACAUCAGCAAAGCUGCACAGGAUCUGACUCUAAUGUAGGAAAAUGCUUUGAGGAUGUUGUGGAAUAUAUAUUUAAUCAAUUCAGGCAAGAAGGCAAUGCUUCAAAUCAGUAUAUGUUACCUAUUUGGAACAAGACGAUUAAACUACCAGAUACGUAUUAUCCCAACAGGGAGGUGAGUAUUGCGUCCAGUGGCUACAACAAAGGUGAACUUCUAAUACUCUUGUGGGUAUUAAAAUAUGUCAAACACACUAGAGACACUCAUUGGUGGGACCAACUGAUGGAUGAUGACUUCCCAAACAAUGUAAAACCUGGAGAUGUAUCAAACUCCUUGUUAGACACAUUCAAACGUAUGCACUAUACAGGUUUACUAUUGGAACUGACUGGAGAGCCUAAUAACCAAAUCAAUUGGCAACAUGAGGAUGGCAUUCAGACACAGCUGUUAUUCACUGACUGAAUUUAGUAGAUAUCAUAGUAUUGUAAAAUGACUUAUUCAACAUUCAAAAUCAGGAAUUAUUUUAAUCAUAUCACUGUCAUAUUUCUCACUUUCUGAUUGGUCUACUGACAUUUGACCAGGAAGUAAGAAGAGAAAUUCAAUGGAUGUACGCAUGACUAUUAAAUAUCAAAUUAUAUUCACC